AUGAAGUGCAACAAGGCUGGUUGUUCAUGGAUGAUCCAUGCAGUUGCUAUAGAUUCUUCACUUGAUGUUUUUAAGAUCAAAAAGCAUGUUGGACGGCAUACAUGUGGUGUUGGGUUAAAGUUGAGGAGCCCUCUUUUAACAAAGAAACUUAUUAACCACCUUAUUCAUGAUAAGGUGAGGCAUAAUCCACUUAUCAAGACUCGCGAAAUUAAAGACUACCUUAAAUAUGAUGUCGGGGUGAAUGUAAAGUACCAUAGUUCGUAUCAUGGCUUGGAAUUGUCACACCAGAAGCUUUUUGGGAAUGACGUUAAGUUGUAUACUGAUCUGGUUUGGUGGGUGAAUACAUUGAAGGAAAUUAAUCCGGGGUCUCAUAUUGAUUUCGACUACAAUGAUGCGGAUAACAGAUUCGAGAAGUUGUUUAUUUCUUUUGGUGCAUGUAUUGAAGGAUAUAAAUUGUGUAGGCCAAUGAUUUUUGUUGAUGUAACUUUUUUGACUGGGCCAUUCAAAAGAGGUUUGAUGGCUACGACUUGUCUUAAUGGCGAUCAAGCUUAUAAUCUUGAGAAAGUUGUUGAUGGUCGUCCAAUCAAAUUCUUUUCUGAUCGUCACGAAGGUCUUUUACAAUAUAUUCCUGCGGUGUUUCCUAGUUCUCAUCACAGUUACUGUUACUACCAUAUCUUGAACAACCUUCCCAUCAAGAAAUUUGAUGAGAAGUAUAAUGAGGUUGUGGCCUGUUAUAAGAAAGGUACGUAUGCACUAACUCCAGCAAGGUUUGGACAGACAUCUUCAAGUGUAGCCGAGUCAUUUAAUAAUUGGAUUCGAGAUGAAAAGAAGUUGCUUGCCUGCCCCCUUGUGGACACAAUCAGGCGACGCAUUAUGGAGCUAAUGUCAAAGAGGCGCGAAGAAAUCCUUUUGAUGGACCCUGAAAAACUCACUCCUACUUAUCAAGCUUUUCUUGAAGAACAUAUCCAAAUGGGUCGAGUCUGGAAUGUUAGUCAGUAUGAUCACAACAUAUUCGAAGUUCAUUCUCCGAGGUCUCACUUUGUUGAUCUAGAUAGGAUGACUUGCACCUGCCAAAGAUGGCGUGUGUAUGGUUUUCCAUGUUCACAUGCUACAGCUGCGAUAUCGACCUAUCCCAAUUAUGACAGGCCCGAGGAGUAUACUGAAGAAGACACCAUUCUACCUCCUAAUCCAAGAGCUCCACCUGGACGACCAAAGGGAAUCCGUAUAAAAAGUGCACGCGAGCUUAGUAAGAAGUCAGUUACAUGCUCCAAGUGUCACAAAAAGACUCACCACAAUAAAGCUACUUGCACCUUCAUUCCUCCCUACCCAUGA